CUGAAUAAACGACAAAUGGUGCGAUCAAAAACCUUCAGAGGAAACAAAACAAAGUCCCAGUUCCCCAGGUGGGAGGGAGAAAGCAGCGGCAACCCUGAGGGCGGUGGGGGUGGUUGGGGGGCAAUGCAGGACUAUAGCUGCUCGCAGCCCUGUGCACUGGCAGUCAGGAAUGAAGGAGUCCUUUUUCCCACAGGCAGUCUUGAAAGCAGAAUACCUUCCUCCGAGAUGGAUGGGGACCCGCUGCCCAGCGCCAUGAGGACGAGCCGCUGCAGUCACCUGCCAGGAGUCCCACCAGAGCACCCACUGCCUCCUGUGGGCAAGGCCCUGCCUGGUGGCAGCGGUGCCCCAGCCAGCAGCUGCCCUCAGUAUGUCAUGCAGGUGUCGUCCAAAGAUGGGCAGCUGCUCUCCUCCGUCGUGAGGACGCUUGUGACCCAGAGCCCCUUCAAUGACCGGCUGAUCUGCAGGAUCUGCCACGAGGGCAGCAGCCACGAGGACCUACUGUCCCCCUGCGAAUGUACGGGGACCCUGGGGACCAUUCACCGCAGCUGCCUGGAGCACUGGCUGUCCUUUUCAAACACCAGCUGCUGUGAACUCUGCCACUUCAGGUUUGCAGUGGAGCGCAAACCCAGGCCACUGGUGGAGUGGCUGAGGAACCCAGGCUCCCAGCACGAGAGGAGGACUCUCUUUGGAGACAUAGUGUGCUUCUUGUUUAUCACCCCACUGGCGACCAUCUCUGGCUGGUUAUGCCUGCGAGGAGCAGUGGACCAUCUGCACUUUAGUAGUAGGCUAGAAGCUGUUGGCCUCAUUGCACUCACUGUGGCACUCUUCACUAUUUACCUCUUUUGGACCCUAGUGUCCUUCAGGUAUCACUGCAGGCUCUACAAUGAAUGGCGUCAGACCAAUCAGAGGGUGAUUCUGCUCACCCCAAAGUCUGCUCACGUCCCCCACAACCAGCAGUCCCUGCUGGGCCUACAGCCCCUCAAAAGGAACUCAAAGGAGACAAUCAUUUGAUUUGGGCAGGUCUGCACAGGGGCCAAGCACUAAGAAAAUUUUCCUUAAACUCAGACACUGCCCAGAACCCAGGAGCGUGCUAUUCCCAUCUACAAAUUCUUUGCAGAGGAUUGAACUACUGUUUCAAUCCAAAUCACAGAUGCUGCAAUUGUAUGAUAUUUGCUAAGCUGCCAAACUUGUUUAUUUAGCAGGUACUGUAUGGAUUCUACAAAUCUGUGUUAAUUCUUGCAUCAUCGAGCGAUGCAAACUUUUUUUAUUGUUUAAAGUAUUAAACUCUGGUAAUUAACAAUGGACAA